GAAUGCCCAGUGGUGGCUAUCCAUGCAGCUCUUCCGCAACAUGCCAGAAAUGGACAUCACGCCUGACACGAUCACAUUCAAUGCAACCAUGAGUGCCCUGGAGGCAUCAGGUCAGUGGCCGGAUGCGAUCGGGUUGUUCCUGGAGAUGCUGCAAGUGGGGACAGCCCGCGACCGUGAAAGCUACAAUGCUGCCAUGAGCGCUGGGGCCGAGGGGCAGCAGUGGCAGUUCACCAUGCAACUCUUCAGCGGAAUGCAUGAAGCGAACUUCCCACCGGAUGCGUACAGCUACAGCACCGCCUGCGCCGCUAGCGCUGCUGCCCAGCAGUGGGAGUUGGCUGUCUACCUCUUCCAGUCCAUGCCCGCAGCCGCAGUCCGCGCUGACACGAUCUGCUACAGCACUGCCAUGCUGGCUUACCAGACGGGGGCACAGUGGCAGUCGGCGCUACAUCUAUGCGAGGACAUGAAGGCUGAGACUAUCCCGCCGGAUUUAAUCAGCUAUAACUCCACCAUCACCUCCUGCCAGAAAGGUAUUCAGUGGCAGUCGGCCUUGAGACUACUGCAUGGGAUGCCGGCUGCGAAAGCGCGGCCUGACCUGAUCAGCUAUAACGCUGCCCUCAGCGCCUGCGAGAAGGGCGGGCAGUGGGAAUGGGCUGUGCUCUUGCUGGGGUCCAUGGCGACGACCCGAAUUCGUCCCGACACGGCGUCUUACUCUGUUGCAAUGCUCUCGUGUCCCGUGCACCCAGGAAUCGACCUGGCAGAGGAGCCUGGAGAUCUUCCAGACCGCGACAAGAAGAAACGCACCCUGCAAUUUCUGUUCCUGGAGCCCACCAGGGUCCUUGGCCCUGAUCUGGAGCUCUACAACUCUAUUCUGGAUGCGGUCCGCGACGAGGACGCUUCGCUUUCUGGUAUGUCGGGUGGUAUCCUGCUGUAG